AUGUUGAGGCUCCUGAGGAAGACGCUUGGCUUUUUCUGGAGGAAGGCGGAUGCCCCGGGCGAAACGCCGGAGGAGCCGCCCUCCAAAGAUAAUUUAAAAACCAUUCAUGGCGUAGUGACCAGAUAUUGCAGUGACUAUGGCAUGAUUGAUGAUAUGAUCUACUUCACUUGGGAUGUAGUGACUAGUAAUGGACCACUGAAUGUUGGCCAGGAAGUUACUGCCAUUGUCGAAGAGGAUCGAACUUCUAAUGGAUUAAAGGCUGUGAGGGUAGAGUCAGCCUCUGAUAAAUGGGCAGAUAACAAGAAAAGUUAUUUCGAACGUCCAAAUUCUGUUACUAAGAGUUUGCUUGGCACUGUUACAUCUGUUUCGGAGACCGGAGGGUAUAUUAAUCAGGCGACCUUGUUCUCCCUGGAGGAUGUUUGUGAAGGUUUCCAGCCUUAUAAAGGUGACUGGGUGGAGGCGGACUAUUUCAUUAAUCCAGCUACAUGGAGCAGUGAGGCGGUCUCUGUGAAGCCACUGAGAUAUAAAAGGAUAGACAUGGUGUGCGUAACCAGUGUGUGUGGACGAAAUGGGGUGGUUGACGAUAGCAUAUUUUUCACAUUGGACUCAUUGAAGCUGCCAGAUGGAUACAGACCUCGCCGAUCUGAUCUGGUCAACGUGGUGGUAGUUGAGAGUAAUCAGUCAUGCUACAUUUGGAGAGCACUGUGUAUGACCCCAGCAGAAAACAAAGGACAGCCCAUGGCCGGCCGUGACAUGGGUGUAGAUGAAUCAUUUGAAGCCCUUCUUUUGAGCAACAAAGGAGGACUCGAAGUGUCAAAGAUGACAAAUUUCGGAACGCUCAAACAAGGGGAGAGUAAAAAUAUUGUCAUCUGGAUAGAGAAUAAGGGUCAGGCACUGCAGUACUUAUUCUGCUGUAGACUGGCUGGCUGGGAAAAAACAAAACAAUUUCACCUUAAAGUGCCCGAUAAAAAUCAGAUUCCUUCAGGAGCACUUGCGGGUCCUCCCAAAGGGAGAUUUUCCAAGGGGAGCGUGAAUUCGGCCACCGUCUUCACGGGAGAUGCCACCUACCCAUCACUGGGCUGCAAUACUGUAAACUCAAACGGAGGAUUGCUCACAGUCCCCCAUCGUGGACCGAAAUUGGGAGCGAUCGACGCAACGGAAGACCACGGAGCGAAGGACCAGGUUGUUGAGGCUGCCCCAAGUGGACCGGUCCCCAUUCCUCCGGGGAAGAAGACCUUCGUUCUCCUCGGAUGCAACGCCAGGAAUCCGGGUCGCUGCAAGGAACUCCUCUUGUUCUGUUUUUCCGACUUCAAUAUCGGGCGCUUCAUUGAAAUGAACGUAGUAAGUGAGGAGGAAUCCCUAAUAGCCGUCAAAGAAACCUUUUCUUGGAGAAAGGCUAAACCCCUGCCGGAACUCAUCCCCACGAAGACCACCAUGGUUGUGACUACGCAGAAAAGGAACCUGAGAAGACAACUUCCAAGUUUCCUUCCUCACUAUCCAGUCCCUGAUAGACUGAGAAAAUGCGUGGAACAAGAAAUGGACGUCCUGAUUUUUCAGCCGUUGCUUGCCGAGCGGCUGAGCAUCACCAACUAUAAAGGAAACUUUUCCACCCUGCUUUGGCUCGAGGAAAUCCACGCCGAAAUGGACAUCAGAGAUUACAGCAUGAGUGGGAUCAUUUUAAAACGGAGUGGAAACCUGUUAGUCUUGGAAGUGCCUGGAUUGUCGGAGGGCAGACCGUCUCUCUACCCUGGUGACAAAGUGAUUUUAAGAAGCCAGGACAAUGCUGAACAUGUGAUUGACUACGUGGGCUACGUCUCCGAGAUACAUGAAGAAGAUGCAACUCUGAAACUCAAUCCAGAAUUCGAACAGGCUUACAAUUCAGAGCCCAUGGACGUACAAUUCACCUUCAAUAGGACAACCAGCAGGAGAUGUCAGUUUGCAGUUGAGCAAGCUCUCCAUUUGGGCGAUAAAGUGCUGUUUCCAGAAAGCAUCAGUUUACAAGCACCUCAAGUCUCUGGGACUUGGAACAGCUUACAAGACAGUCCUGGUGAUCCGCAGUCUGCUCCUGGGCAAGACAAGACGAUGAAACUCGUAAAGGAGCAAACCGCACGUCCCCCUGAGGAGAGCGACGCCUCCGCCAGGGUUAGAACGGAGACCGUGUCCUCACAAGCAAGCGAACCGGCUUUGGCAGUUCAGGAGAACGGCUUUUUCAAUCCCGUGCUGAACGAACAUCAGAAAUUAGCAGUGAAAAGGAUCCUGAGUGGCGACUGCCGCCCGAUUCCCUACGUCCUCUUCGGGCCGCCCGGGACUGGAAAGACGAUGACGAUCAUAGAAGCCAUAUUACAGAUCCAUUACACUCUACCGGACAGUCGGAUUUUGGUCUGUGCCCCGUCCAACAGUGCCACAGACCUGGUGUGCCUGAGGCUCCAUGAAAGCAAUAAGCUGAAACCUGGUACCAUGGUGAGAGUGAAUGCCACGUGCAGGUCGGAAGAGGCCCUCAGUGAAACGCUGAAACUCUACAGCAAAGAGGGAGAAGAUAUUUGGAAAGCUUCUCGGUUCAGGAUUAUUAUAACCACGUGCAGCAGCGCAGGCCUGUUUUAUCAAAUAGGAGUGAGAAUUGGACAUUUCACCCACGUAUUUGUGGACGAGGCCGGCCAGGCGAACGAACCAGAAUGCCUCAUCCCGUUAGGGCUGGUCUCCGAAGUGGACGGCCAGAUAGUGCUCGCCGGAGACCCCAUGCAGCUCGGCCCGGUCAUUAAAUCCAAGUUUGCGAGAGUCUAUGGAUUGAGCGUGUCCAUGCUGGAGAGACUGAUGUCCCGGCCCCCCUAUCAGAGAGACGAGAACGCCUUCGGCGCCUCCGGAUCGUACAACCCUUUGCUAGUGACGAAGCUGAUGAAGAAUUACCGGUCACACUCCGCUCUGCUCACCUUGCCGUCCAAGCUCUUCUACCACAACGAACUCGAAGUCUGCGCAGACGCGAAGGUGGUGUCCUCGCUGUUGGGCUGGGAGAAACUCCCCAACAAGAGAUUCCCUCUCAUUUUCCACGGAAUGAGGGGUAACGAAGCCCGGGAAGGAAACAGCCCCUCCUGGUUCAACCCGGCCGAAGCCGUCCAAGUCAUGCGCUACUGCUGCCUCCUCGCCAAGCACGCCUCCAGCGCGGUGUCCAUGACCGACAUCGGCAUAAUCACGCCCUACCGGAAGCAGGUGGAGAAAAUCAGAAUCCUCCUACGAAAUGUCGAUCUGAUGGAUAUAAAAGUUGGGUCAGUGGAAGAGUUUCAAGGGCAGGAGUAUUUGGUGAUCAUCAUCUCCACGGUUCGGUCAAAUGAAGAAAGAUUUGAAGACGAGAAGUACUUUUUGGGUUUCUUGUCCAACUCCAAACGAUUUAACGUAGCGCUCACCCGCUCCAAAGCCUUGCUGAUUGUGGUGGGAAAUCCUCACGUGCUCGUCAAAGACCCUUGUUUCAGUGCCCUGCUGGAGUACAGCCUGGCCCACAGCGUGUACACGGGCUGCGAUCUGCCUUCCGAGCUGCAGACGCUGUGUGGCUCUUAAGUGGAUGGCGGGGGUCUUCGAUGAGGGCGGCCCGCCCCUCGGCCCGACCCGGAUCCGGCCUCGGCGGGAAGGUGGCGGAGCACCCGUCUUGCCCGGUACCGGCACCGGCAGCCUUGAUUCCGACCCGGUGCUGCCCACCGGACCAUCAGCCCCCGCUGCCGUGACCCCAAGGCCGUGCUUGGCCAUCAAGGGCCUCACCCCAAUUUCGAAGUCUUUAUCAUAAUGUUCUUGGU